GAACUAGAGACUUCAGAGCGUAAUAAGAUUUUUGUCGGGAGCCGUGCCACGGUUCGACACGUGAUCAUGCUACACCAAUGAGAAGGCUGCUUUUUGACAACAGAAUGGAAAAAUGGCGGCUCCCGUGUGGUUAGAAACAACGUUAAUGAUAGAGGAAAACACCCGAACAUCCUCAAAAGUGGGCUAAAUUAAUUCUAAUUAGUGCUGUAUACAUAGCCGCGUCCAAGAAUAACAAUGAGGCAAAUAUACGAUAAUGUUAUUUUUAUGGCAACAUGGUGUUCAAUUCCACUGCUAUGCUGACGACACCCAGCUCUACCUUUCAACAAAGCCCACUGCUACACUUCCGCCAGCUGUACUUACUGCCUGCCUCCAUGACAUCAACUUAUGGAUGACACAAAAUUACCUCAAACUUAAUAGCAGUAAGACUGAGCUGCUAGUGGUUGGCUCCAAAUCAGCUCUUGCUAAGAUGGAACCUUUCACCAUAUGUGUAGAUGGCAGAACCAUCCCUUGCUCCAACCAGGUCAAGAGCCUUGGUGUCAUACUGGACAAUACACUAUCAUUCAGUGCACACAUAAACAGUAUGUCAAGAAGUGCCUUUUACCAUCUAAGGAACAUUGCACGGCUUCGCCCAGCGCUCACCCAGCAGAAUGCAGAAGUCCUUGUGAAUGCAUAUGUGACAUCCCGCCUCGACUACUGUAAUUCCAUCUUGUCUGGAAUCCCAAAUAAGCUACUCCACCGGCUCCAACUCAUCCAGAAUUCUGCAGCAAGGAUUGUAACACGCUCUAAAUCCACCAGCCAUGUAACACCAUUGCUUAUCCAACUGCACUGGCUUCCAGUAGCCUACCGAAUUCAAUUUAAAGUCCUGCUCCUGACCUACAAGUCCCUACACAACAAUACCCCCACCUACCUCUCUGACCUCCUGGAAUCCUACACUCCUGCCCGCUCACUGAGAUCCUCCACAGCAGGCCUACUGCAUGUCCCUAAGGCGAACCUCAGCACCCUGGGAGAGAGGGCUUUCAGCUACAUCGCCCCCAAGUUGUGGAAUUCACUGCCAGACUACAUCAGACACUGACUCAAUUACUGACUUUAAAAGCAGACUUAA